CGUAAAAGAAGUGCUACCCACAAUUCCUUUCGCGUUAGUACACAGGUCAGAAAGACCGGUGUGUACACAAUGCUUCAGGUCCUGUUCCAGACGUUAGUACUCAUUGUCCGUGGCGCGUUGGAUUAACGUCUCAAGCGAAAGAAAAGCCGGCGUCCUAGAAAAUACAGUACUUCAUCCUUCGCAGUCUAUCAGACAUUCAUUAUUACAAGCUCCAUCUCCCCAGCUAUCCUGUUGCUAAAAGGACCGACGAUAUUCAAAUGGCUGAAUAUUGUGUGGAAGGCGAAGGCAAAAAAUGGCUGUUGGAAACGAUGCGAAUGAUGUUAAGGGAGGAGAUUAAUGAGGGGUUGCAUGAUUUUAACAUUGAACGGGUUCACAAAAGAGAUGAACAUGCGAACGACGUAGAAGCCGAGUACCAACAGAAAUGUCGAGAAUUUCUAGGACGGUUGAAAGAAUACUACAAGAAAAAAUUGACAAUGCUACCUGUUUCGCCAAUAUGGUAUGGUCGUGAGAAAUCGAUUAUGGAUAUUUUUGUACCGAUACAAUUUCACCAUGUCGCACGCGAGAAAAACGGAUCUCGAAGAGAUACGGAACAAAAGGUAGAAACAUACAAGGACAUGUUUUAUACAAACACCACAUUGAACGACCGAGUAUCCAUACAAGGAGAUCCUGGAAUGGGCAAGACUACGUUUCUUGGUAAAUUGGUCAUUGACUGGUGCAAUUCAGACUCAAAAGAUCCGGAGCCAAGCUCUAAAUUCAGUGAUGUAGAAAUAUUGCAGAAUUUCAGAUUUUUAUUCCACAUUAAACUUCGAGACUCAGUUGGGCAAAAUAAAGUAGUAAACAUGAUCAAAACACAAAUAAUUGAUGAAAUUUACUUUAAUAAAAAACAACAGAGGGAGGCAUACGAUUUACUUGGAAGUAUCUUGGAAAGGGAGACCUGCCUUGUAACAAUGGAUGGGUUAAAUGAAUGGACUGAUCACACAAAAGAAAACCCUAUACCGAAACUGUAUUCUAUAUCCAAGCAAUGUGUUGUCUUAACAACAUCACGACCCUGGAAAAUUGCUGAUAAGCGUAUCAGAGAUUCUGAAAUCGGUACACUUAUAGAAGCGGUUGGAAUAACAGACACCGAACAGCUUACGCAAAAUAUGCUACGUUCUCUGACUGUAGAAUAUCAAGAGUCAUAUAAAGAAUUUAUGGCCUACGUAGAGGAACGUAAAUUAAACCAUUUUCUGGCCUCUCCUUGGAUGCUGACACUCCUAGUAAAUCUAUGGGUGGACAAAACGUUUUUAAGUGGAUCAUUAUGCGAAAUAAAUAAAGUUCUGAUAUACACCCUUUUCAACAAGGAACUGCCAAAAGAGGGGUUUACUGAACAUAUUCCAUCGGAAAAUGCUGUUUUCGAGCAUCACACAGAGAUUUGUAACGCACUAGCAAGGGAUGCAUUUUAUUUCACGAUUUGCUCUGAAAAAUCACUAGUAUUUAGCAAACAGGAACUAUUAAGUACUGACAUGUUGUCAAAUGAACAACUCGAGUUUGCCAUCAGAUCUGGUGUUUUGAAUGAACGACAUUGCUUCUCAACCGCAUCGUGUAAAUCGCAAGUUUCAUUUCUACAUGAAACGAUCCAGGAAUUCUUUGCUGCUUCUCAUAUCGCUAAUUUACCGGAGGACAAAAUUACGAAUAUCUUUUGCAAAAGUAAGUAUAAUGUGUUGGAAAUCAGCCAGGUAAUCAUUUAUCUCAGUGGACUAAAGUGUGAUGUAGCUAAUAAAGUAAUACACUAUCUGACAGAAGACGUCUUCAACGACGUAAACACAGAACUUGACUGGAUAAGAAUUGGAUCCGAAGACAUGUACACGACAUUAAGAUUUCACGUCGUUAACCGUCUGGUGUUAUCUUUAGUGCAGGGCAUGAUGAUCAGCUGUUAUCAGGAGGCUAAAGUCAGCAGACCAAAACAUAUUCGUCUGGAAAUGAGUCAUUUCAUAUUUCAUGCAAACGUAAACAAGAACGAAAACGAUGAUUUGUUGCAAAUUUUAAUGAUGAACACGUCCCAUGUUCGAACACUAAUUUUAGAACGCGAUGUAUUAGAAGAAAAUAUAAUAUUAACAGUCCUUCAACAGUCAAAACAUUGCAUCGAACGCUUGAAAACGCCAGGAUCUCGAGCAAUUAUAUCCGAAUUAAAUAAUCUGAACGUAAAUAGGUUGGAUUUAAUCGGAAUUAGCGACGUGUCAUUGUUUUCCGGGCUGCUUCCAUCCAUGAGUAACCUGACGUAUUUGCGGAUAGAAAAAACUGAUUUUAACGAAGAUAUUGUCCCACCGUCCCCUGUAGAAAAUGUAUUGAAUGUUCGGCUGCCUAUAAUGUUACAGCAUGUUGAUUUGUUGAACUGCACAAUUUCCCCUCAAUGGCUCUGCAGUUUAUUGAUCACACUUUCUUCACUAGAUCAUCAAGUCAAGUGUGUUUUGUCCAAUGUUGUUUUGUAUUUAUACAAAGAAACCCGUGGGCACGAAUUACGUACACAUGUAUCGGACUUGCGAUCUGAAAUGAUGUCACAUGACAUGUCCAAUAUUGAGAUAUUAGUGGAAAAUGUCAGUAAGGAACUGUUCGAAAUAUUACGUGAUACAAGUAUAGGGAUCUUCGACCUGAGAACGAGUAUGCAUUGGAGUUAAUGAAGGACUCCCCUGGAUUGUAUGAAAUGUUAUCCACAAUUAAUAUAUCCAGUCUGAACAUGACCCAAAUCGAACAUCCCGACAUGCUGUCACAGACACUGCCUCUACUUACCCACUUGCAGCAGCUAAGGAUUUGUUUAAAGCAAUAUAUGGAGAUAAAACUACCACGAUCUUUAAAGUAUGUGUUUUUAAUUUACACAACAUUUUCCCCUGCAGCGUUACAACAUUUCAUGCAGGACAUGUAUACCUCAAAACAUAACGUUUAUUGUAAACUGUGGUUCAAUGUUGAAGGGAAUGAAGACGAAUAUACGAGAAUCAGACACGAAGUUUGUGAACUGGAUUCAGUCGAAGUGCAACAGUUUGAUUUUGUGGACAACCGACAUUAUUGUGGGGAUGUUGCUGCUGCUGCGACUCUUUCUUCUACCGCUGAUGAGGCUGAUGACGAUUCGAUAAACAUUUUCUACGGAGAAAGGGAUAUAUUGAUUCACGAACGUGGUUGCACUAUUGUAAAAUUCGACUUCAUAUUUCUUUAUCAGAGAAUCUUCAUCUCUAGCAAAACUCCAUUACUAUUCUUUUGUCCAGCUGUGUUAGAGCGAUUUUAUGAAAUAUUAUAGAAAAUCUUUAACUUACAAGUUAUGUCUAAAUUUCGAGUCACCGCAUUAAUUGAUUUUAUGCAAAUAUAAUCGAUUUGUUCUCAGAGAUAUAUAAAUCAAAAGUAUAUGUCUAUUCACUCUUUGAAUAACAAAUAUUCUGUACAUGAAGGUAUACAUUUAUACAUUCAAUAAAAACACGUGUCGAAAAAUAAUUUUGAAUAAAACGAAACUAAACUAAAUCCGUUGUUUUUAGUUAACCGUAGCAUUAAUUAAAAGUAUUUAUUUUAAGAAAAAGACUUACUCUAAAUUUAAUAAGAUCACUUAAUAUUUAUUUAAAGUAGACUUCAAAGAAGUAUAGUUAUUCACCAUUAUAUAUUUUAUUGAUAUAAUUCUGUACCAUGCUAGUCAUAUUUCUGUAUAGAGAACAAUUUCAGCCAAUAUAUUUACAUCUUCAAAAAUAGCAUACCGUUUUAUUAAGUGUAAUUAGAUAUGCGUUCUAAUGGAAAUUUCUUUAAUUAUCACUCUCAAAAAAUGUCUUAUUUUUAUUUAACCAACAGCGCUUUUUUGGAAUGUCAAAUAUCAAAGAUUAUUUUGAUACAAAUGACAACAUAACAGAAUAACAUGCUCAGAACUCAUGAUGUACUAACAUGUCAAGUACGCAAAUACAUGUUUCCAAUCUUGAUACAGGCGCGAUUGUUUUAAUCACAUAUUGUCCAAACAUUGUUGACAGGAGAUGUUUGCAAUUAAUCAUUGCCUGCGUUGAUCAAUACGUUGAUAAGCCAUACUUAUUGGUGCAGGAACAUAAAAAUGUUGUACAUAGAUUAUAGAUGUAUGUUUUGCAAUCAUUGCAAAAAUUAAAUAUGUAUAAUAAGCCUGAUACAAUUCAUAUUAAAUUAUAAAUAUUAAACAUAUUGCGUUAUAACAUUUGCCAAUUGUAAACUGUUUCUUGCAUAUAUUCAUAAAUAUAAUUUAUCUAAUAAUAUGAUGGUUUUUGUAUAGUAAUUGUGUCUUCUUUUUCGUUUUAACAAUUUAUAUAAUUAUCUUUAUGUGUCAUUAUUUAUCUGAUGUAAUGAUGUAAAUAAAACUACCGUUUAUCAUCUCACAACCCUUAACAUCUGGAUUAUUCAUGAAUAUCCAUUGUUAAUACCGUGUAAUACAUUGUGCAUACAAUCUGUUUCGUUAAAACAAUUAAUAUUAUCAUGUUCAUGUGUCAUUAUUUAUCUGAUGUAAUGAUGUAAAUAAAACUACCGUUUAUCAUCUCACAACCGUUCAAGUGAAUAGAAAAAAAAGGUUCUGAAUAUAGCAAACUGUCUCUUUAACAGUUGCUUCAGUGGUUUGAUCUAUCCGAAUCACUUUAUACCAUCUGGAAUGCCCGACCCAUGAGCUAUAAGAAAGCUACAACGGGGUCCGCCACGUGCCUGUUUACAUUAGGAAUGUUAUUAAUGUAAGAAAUACUGCUUCAUGUACAAUUACUUUAGUCUUUUUUAUUGUAGGCGCCCUAUGUUGUGUUGGUAAAGCAUUUUAGUUAUGGAUUAGUAUAUACCUAUUACAUAAAUGUGUCGCUUUUUUCUAUUCGUUGACAUCAAAUUUAUGCAUGUUGAAUGCUAGAUAUAAACUUAAAAACAAAUGACUUUUAAUUUAGAACAUAAGUGCAUAUUUUGUGUACAUAUGCAAUUGUGUUAUUAUUAUUGUUUUGCUACAGGUGUGUGUGUAUAUUGUGCACUAUAAUAGUUGAUAAGUUAAAAUAUGAAAUUUUAACAUGCAAUAUAUUGUUAUAAAACAUGGCCUAUAAGAAUUUAUUUAACAAUUACAUGUAUGUAGUUCCCAUUCAAAUAAUAUAACAUGGUGUCAGUUCAUCAUGGAAUGUAGCUUAUUAUGCCCCCCACCUCCCUUCGGAGAAUAGGGGGUAUAUUGUUUAGCUGGAUGUCGGUCGGUCUGUCGGUCGGUCUGUCUGUCGGUAGACCAGUUCGUUUCCGAUCAAUAACUCGUCAACGAGUUGACCGAUUGUCUUGAUACUUCACUUGUGCAUUGGCCUUGAACAGUAGAUGAACCCUUUUGGAAUUGGGGUCACCAGGUCAAAUGUCAUGGUCAAUGUCACAAUAAGAGGAAAAAUCGUUUCCGAUCAAUAACUUUUCAACGAAUCCACCGAUCGGCUUGAUACUUAACACGUGCAUACGCCUUGGGCAGUAGAUUACCCCCAUUUACAUUUGGAGUCAUCAGAUCAAAGGUCAAGGUCACUGGCAAAAUAAGUGUGAACAUCUUUUCCGAUCAAUAUCUCGUCAACGAAUUGACCGAUUGGCGUGAUACUUCCAAUGUGAAUUGGACUUGAACAGUAUAUGAACCCUAUUGAAAUUAGGGUCACAAGGUCAAAGGUCAUAAGUGGGAAAAUCGUUUCCGAUCAAUUGACAUGACGCCUUAUCAGUGAUCGCUCCGCCCACUUAAUCACGUGGCUCAGCGGGAAGAAAACCUAGACAAGCUAACACCAAAAUGGCUUCUUUGCCUAUAGACUGCAUAUAUAUAUUUACGCGAUAUUCCGGAUGAUUUUAUGGACUUGUUUAACACCAUAUUACACUUGUAAAGGGGUUAAUGCCAUUUAGUUAUUCUGCAAAUGCAAAGAAUAAACGAUUAAAGAGAACAUCAGCUAUUUAUAACGGGUAAAUCGGUACAUUAAACACGCUCUCAAACGCUUGCGCGCUUACCGAAAUCGAACCCGUUAUUACGUGUAAUGGUGGUAUUUGCAAUAAAUUAACACUUCACCGGUAUUUACCCGUGUUAUUAACAACAUUAUUACCGAAACAUUCCCCCCUCCCGUGUAUUUGACACGAAAUAGCGCUUUAUAACUGGGAAUUCGGUGAAGUUUUACGCGCUUUCUGACGCCGGGUGGGUACCUCAAUCCCACAUGUUAUUGCGUAUAAAAGUGAUAUUAAUAAAUCAUAUUAAACAUUGCUUAUGGGUCAUUUAUCAAUCACUAUAAUUUAAAGCGCAUAAACAACACAGUAAGUUUGGACAUUGUCUGAUAUAAAAUUAGCGUUGUACGAAAUGGAAUACGGUCAGGCUAUUAUAAAUUAAUAAGGCUACCAAUAUCAGACGCUCGCGCAGGUACCGACUUCCCCGAAGUUACCGCAUUUAUUGGUUAACUAAUAUCAGUAAUAAUAACUCUUUUACAAUAGCAUUUAUCGAUACGUCUUUAUUAAAAUAAUAACAAAAUGGUUUUCACUUGUUUCUGACACACACAGAAACGCGAUUUUUAACGGGAAUCUCGUAAAGUUACACGAAUUGGGUACCAAAAUUCUCAAUUAUUUUACAUGCACACGUGACAUAAUACAUAAUUAAUAAUGCUUAGUUAUUGCUUAUAUGACAUUUCAAGUUUGUGAAAUAAAUUAAUGUUCUAUAAAGGGGAUCUCGGUAAUUCUUGAAGCUUCCAUUCGCUCUUGUCAAGACCGCAUCGCCGCGUUGGAAAUGGUAUAAAUUUAAUUCAUCUAACUUAUCUUUCUGGAUACCAAAUGUCAGAGUUGCAUUAACCCUUUUUACACCGUUUUUGCCAUAUUUCAUUUCCGUUUUUUUAAUCCGAACAAAAUAAACGAAACUCGUUUAAAAAAUGAGAUCUAGGCAUUCGAGCUCCUAGUGUGGAUUAAAAGCGUUUAUUGCUGACACCACAUGAGUGCAAAUGUGUAGAUACCGUUAAUAAGAUAAUAUAUCACAUGUCACCUUCAAAUAACAUGUUUGAUGUCAAUUAAGUGCAUUACUAUCAGAGUAAUAAAACACAGCAUGAAUUAGGCUUCAUGCUGGGUUUUAUUUCUCUUUAAGUAAUGCAGAUGA